CAUUGAUAUCGCUAAACAUGGGCUACAAAACCUAUACAUCGUUCGGACUCCCGACGUUCCUUAUCAUCAUAAUUGCUUUGUAUUUGCUGUUUACAGGUUCUGGAGAAGUGUUCGAUGUUGGUCGGUUUCUCGAGGAAACCAGCCCGUUCGUCUGGGGUUCACUCGGAAUUGGACUUUGCAUAGGCUUGAGUGUUUUUGGAGCAGGAUGGGGAAUAUUUUUGACCGGGGCAUCGAUACUGGGUGGAGGAGUAAGGACUCCAAGGAUUAGUACAAAGAAUCUGAUUAGCAUCAUUUUCUGCGAGGUGGUUGCAAUCUACGGAGUGAUCAUGGGUAUCGUAUACUCAUCCAAACUACAACCGGUGCCCGAAGCGCUGCUGUAUACAAAAGAUAACUACUUCACCGGAUAUGCACUAUUCUUUGGCGGGCUCACUGUUGGAUUGUGUAAUCUUCUUUGUGGCCUUUGUGUCGGUAUCGCCGGCAGCACUGCUGCGCUCGCUGAUGCAGCUGAUUCUACGCUGUUUGUGAAGGUACUCGUAGUAGAAGUGUUUGGAAGCGUGCUGGGACUUUUUGGACUCAUAAUCGGCCUUCUGAUGAUUGGGAAUGCGAAGGAGUUCUUACCAGGAUCGCCUGCAGUGUCUGCCGUCUCAUGACUUCAGUAUCUAGAGCAGACCCUAGCUUCCAGACACUGAAUCGUAACGGUGUUUGCGUACCAGCCCCUUGCUCUCGAAUCCGAUUUUUCAACUUGUAUAUUUUGCUUCUGUCCCUAGAAAUAUACUAAGUAUCUCCCACAAAUCUUGCAGCCCUGCAGCUGGCUAAACAGCAUUCGAUCCCAUCGUCUUGGGCCAGUUGACUCCUUUGGCGAAUAC